AAGAUGGCGGAAUAAUACUGGAGGAAAACCGACUGGAUUUAAAGCAUUAAACGAUAAUAUUUUGGGACAUAUUUAAAACAUUUUUCUACGUUUGCGAGGUAUAAAGCAGUAACAUUUUACAAAGAAGAAGCAUCCUACUUCCGCGAUGUCUGUUUUCUGGCGAGACUCCCUGGUAACCAGGCAGCUGCUGCGGCUGCUUCUGUUGCACACGGCCUGGGAGGUGGGCAGCGGCCAGCUCCGUUAUUCCGUGCCGGAGGAAUCCAAACACGGCACCUUUGUGGGCCGCCUGGCCCAGGACCUGGGGCUGGAGGUGGCGGGGCUGGUGUCUCGGAUGUUCCGGAUGGUCUCCAGCGGCAGGAGAGACUAUUUUGAGGUAAAUUUGCAGAGCGGCGUUUUGUUUGUUAAUUCGCGACUAGACAGGGAAGAGCUGUGCGGCCAGAGCCCCCUGUGCGCCAUUGACCUGGAGGUGAUAGUGGACAAACCGCUGAGGAUAUUUCACGUGGAAGUGGAGAUACAGGAUAUAAAUGACAAUGCUCCUGUUAACACUGAUUCCUUCACCAUAGAAGAGUAA